AUGUCCACAAGGCCCAACUACUACAAGAAAAGUAAGCAUCAUCUAUAUGGAUAUGCUGUUCGGAAUCCCUCGACCCGUAAGCCCGACCUCACUGCUCGGAUACAACAAAGUGUAAGGCAUCUUAACCGGCCCAUAUCUAUUCCUCCACUUCCCUUCCCCAUUCAUCUCCACAAUCCUACUCUCUAUCUCCCCAAGCCUCCUCCCGAACCUCUCGAAAGCCUCAAUCGCCCGUUUAUCCACCGUCCACUCUGGCGUAUCACGCUGCCCGAGGAAAACCUCGUCAGCCGAGUGCCUCGACAAUAUCUCAACAAGCGAAAUCCCGAGCACGCUCUGCAGCUGGGAUGUAAUCGUCUUCAAGUAUGCCAACUCGGGUUUUGCCACGAGCUCUUCAUGCUCGGGAGUCCCGGUUUUCGGUAUGAGCCGGCGGCUAGUGGACGGGCGGUUCGGGAGGUAGCCACCGUAAGGGUAUUGACCGAAGUUGACUGCUGCGUGGAGAGCUGA